CCUCUCUUUCUAGUCACUGCUACUGCUCACUGCUUUCUUUGUCUUUGUAUGUGUGUGUAUGUCCACUUUAUCCUAGGUCUUCUUGGGAAAGAAAGUAAGGCUUGGUCUCUUUCCAACCUGAACCUCAUGGUUACUUCAAAGUUCAUAACAGCAGUAACUACAGCCAGGGUUUCUUGCAUGUUUUCUCUCUCUCCCUACUGCUUUCCUUCGUUCACUUAGUAACUAGGAUUCUCUUUCGACUAUUAUAUGGGACUUUGUGUCACGGGGAGGAUGAGAUGUGUGUGCGCUUUUUACUAUUUGUAAUUGAAAAACCUGCUCAUUUUGGUCUUGUUCAACAAGAUUUCUUGGUGUUUUUGUAUCGAUUCUAGCGCUGUUUCUUGUAAACUUUCUUGGGUAUUUUCUUUCUUGAUCAUAUAUGCAUACAGCACCUAGAAGAAGAUCAAUGGUCAACCCUACUACAGUAUUUUUCUCUGCCAAACUCCCUCUCCCUUUCUCUUUCCUUUUCUUGGGAUUCCUGAUAACUUGGACUUUCUUAUCUUGAUGUGCCUGUAUUACCUCUCAAAGAUCUUCACUGUAAGAAGUUUUAGCCUAGCUUGAAGAUCAGUGAAGCUAGUAUUCUUGCUGUUACAAUUCUAGAUUGAUAAAUAUCUUGACAAUCUUUUUUUUGUAUUGAUAGACAAUUUCAUGGAGGGAUUUUAUAGGUUUAAUCCUACAAUUUCUUGUUCACCAAAUGAUAUUGCUAGACUUGAAAACUUGCCUGUUGUUAACUUUACUGAUGCUACUACCAGUAACAACGAAUUUCACAGUCAAGUUGGUAAUUUACUUCAAGCUGGUCAUGGUUAUACACCAGUCACUGAAUCAGAUAUGCAUGAUGUAAUCAAGACCCAGAUCGCCAAUCACCCUCGUUAUCCAGACCUAGUUUCUGCAUACGUAGAGUGCCGAAAGGUUGGUGCACCUCCAGAAAUGGUUUCUCUUCUUGAAGACAUAGGCAGAUGUAGCUACCAAAUCAAUACUUGCUAUGAGAUAGGAGCUGAUCCAGAACUUGAUGAGUUCAUGGAAUCAUACUGUGAGGUUCUUCAUAGAUACAAGGAGGAAUUAUCCAAGCCGUUUGACGAGGCUACUACUUUCUUGAGCAGCAUAGAAUCACAACUAAGUAGUCUUUGCAAAGGAACAUUGACUAAAAUAUUUGAUUAUGGCUCAGAUGAGCCAGCAUGGACUUCCGAGGAGGAGUUAAGCUGUGGGGAAGUUGAAGCAUCUGAAAUUCCAGGGUCAUUAGGUUUUCACUCAAGCGAUCAGAAUCUAAAAGGAGUGCUCUUGAGCAAGUACAGUGGCCAUCUUAGCAGUUUGAGAAAGGAAUUCCUAAAGCAAAGAAAGAAAGGCAAACUACCAAAGGAUGCAAAGACAUUGCUUUUGGACUGGUGGAACCACCAUUAUAGAUGGCCAUAUCCUACGGAAGAGGAGAAGGCGAAGUUAUCAGAGAUUACAGGGCUAGAUCAAAAGCAGAUUAAUAAUUGGUUUAUCAACCAGCGGAAGCGGCACUGGAAACCAUCCAAAGAUAUGAGGUUUGCUCUCAUGGAAAGUGUCGGUGGUGACACAGCUGGACCAACAUGCUAUGGUAUUGUUGGUGAUGACAUUGGGACAUGAGGAAAACUCAUGUUUGGUAUCCAUUCGUCAUCUUCUACCAACAUUAUUUAUGUAACUUGCAUACUUGUAAAGCUAUCUACUUCAAAGUUGUGUAUACGCUUAAAACCCUUUGGUUCCAAUUCUUACAAAGCAGUUCAGCUUCUUACUUGUGAA